GCAAUGCCAAAUAUUCCCUUGGCUUCAAGUUCAGAGAGGGGAGUCAUGUUGUUGGGAUGAUUUGAUUUAUCUCCGACGACUCGGAGAGACAGAAAAGAAGACAACGGAGCACCAUUGCAUCCAUUUCCAAUCGAGAAAGAAUUAGAAAGACACCGCAAAUGGAUCGGUUACUGAAAGCUGCCAGAACUUCUGGCUCCCUCAACUUAUCAAAUCGCUCCCUCAGAGAUGUGCCACCGGAAGUAUACCGGAGCUUGGAUGCGGUUGGCGAAGGUGAAAAGUGGUGGGAGGUUGUUGAGCUACAAAAGCUGAUUUUGGCUCAUAAUAAUAUUGAAUCAUUAAAAGAAGACCUGAGAAAUUUACUUCAAUUGAUUGUGUUGAAUGUCAGCCACAACAAGCUUACCGACCUUCCGGCUGCAAUAGGACAGCUUCCUAUGCUCAAGUCAUUGGAUAUUUCCUUUAACUCAAUAGUUAAGAUACCGGAGGAGAUUGGAUCCGCAGCUUCUCUUGUUAAGUUUGAUUGUUCUGGCAAUCAGCUCAAGGAGCUUCCAAGCUCCCUUGGAAGAUGUUCUGAUUUAUUGGAGCUCAAGGCAUCAAACAAUUUAAUUACCCACUUACCAGAAGAGCUUGCUAACUGUUUGAAGUUGACCAAACUUGAUGUGGAGGGGAACAAGCUGACAGUUUUGUCUGAGAAUUUGGUUUCAUCCUGUGCACUGCUUACAGAACUCAAUGCUGCAAAGAACUUGCUGAGUCAUAUGCCAGAUAACAUUGGAAGUCUUUCACGCCUCAUACGUCUCGACCUUCACCAGAAUAGAAUUUCGUCAAUACCACCAUCAAUUACGGGUUGCUGUUCCCUUUUGGAAUUCUAUAUGGGGAAUAAUGCACUUUCAACAUUACCAGAGGAGCUGGGUGAACUUUCUCACUUGGGGACACUUGAUCUACAUUCAAACCAGUUGAAGGAGUAUCCAGUGGGAGCUUGUAAGUUGCGCCUUUCAUUUGCAUUAUUAUGCAAGAUGACCACUCUGCGAAAACUCUUGCUUAGUGGCAACCCUUUACGAACUUUGCGAAGCUCAUUGGUUUCUGGACCCACAUCUGCCUUACUAAAAUAUCUUCGAAGUAGACUUUCUGAGGCCCAAGAUGCUGAAGCUAGUUCUCCAACAAAACAGGAUGUAGUUGUCAUGGCGGCUCGGUUAUCUCUCUCCUCCAAGGAACUCUCUCUGGAAGGCUUGGGCUUAAGUGCUGUCCCGUCUGAAGUUUGGGAAUCGGGUGAAAUCACAAAAGUUGAUCUUUCUCAAAAUUCCAUUGAAGAGUUACCAGUUGAAUUCUCCUCCUGCACUUCUUUAAAGACAUUAAUUUUAUCAAGAAACAAAAUGAAGGAUUGGCCAGGACCAAUUUUGAAGUCACUUCCUAAUCUUUCAUGUUUGAAGCUGGAUAACAAUCCUCUCAGGCAGAUCCCUCCAGAUGGGUUCAAGGCAGUCUCUAUGCUCCAGAUACUGGACCUCAGUGGUAAUGCAGCUUCAUUACCAGAGCAUCCAGCAUUUUCCAGCUUACCACAUUUGCAGGAGCUUUAUUUGAGACGGAUGCAGCUGCAUGAAGUCCCAUCAGAUAUAAUGAGCCUACAAAAACUGCAAAUCCUAGACUUGAGUCAAAAUUCGCUUCAAUCUAUUCCAGAGGGAUUUAAGAAUCUCACUUCUCUCACUGAGCUGGACUUGUCCGACAAUAACAUUUCAGCACUUCCACCAGAACUGUGUUUGCUUGAACCAAACUUACAGGCCUUGAGACUGGAUGGUAAUCCAUUGAGAAGCAUCAGGAGGGCAGUUCUGGAUAAGGGAACCAAAGCUAUUCUAAAACAUUUGAAGGACAAAAUUCCAGAGCACUAAGUGGUACGAUCACAUCUCUAUUGCAAAUGUCUUGGAUUGUAUUGGUACCAUCAAUGUUGCAGGUUUCCUCAGGGAGCUUAAUCUCAGUGCAUUGGAGGAGCUCUAUCUGGUCAGGAUGAUAAUUAACGUCUAGUUGUUUCUUUAUCAGAAAGCUUAAUCUCAGUUCCAUGGAAGAAAGCAUAGUUUUUGGACUUCAGGAAUACAGAAGUUGGAAGGAGAACUGCUGAUGUUCGUCUUGUUCAUCUUCAUGUUGAAAGGCGUGAACAAGAUUCCGUAAUUUCUGCCAUUUCAGGCCCUAUGUAGAUAUAUUUCAUUGGUCUUUUACAUUCUUUUGUUCAACUGCAAGAGUUUGUGUGUUAUUGGAGUUCAAAGACUACUCACUUUACAACUCAUGUUUUCCUGUUUGUAAUAUCAUUGGUUGCUUGCCUACAAAUUCG